AGUGCUAUGGCAAACCUGAUUUUGUAUCUCUUUGGCAGAUAUUCCUGAGGUAGAAAGAGCUCUUAUCAAUUUUGACCCCAAGGAUUGUCGUUGGCUCUUAAAUUACUGUCAGUUUAGAAUCCUAUUUCAGUAUUUGUGAACCGGUACUAUGGCAACUUUAGCUAAAGGUGUAUUUGUGGUAGCAGCGAAGCGUACUCCCUUCGGUACGUACGGUGGUGCCUUUGUGAAGACAGGUGCCUUAGAACUGCAGGAAGUCGCCGCCAAAGCAGCAUUAGCAGCAGGAAACGUAGCUCCAGAGAAAGUCGAUCAUGUUAUCAUUGGACAUGUUAUGGCAAAUACAUCAUCUGAUGGGAUCUUUCUACCAAGACAUGUCCUCUUGAGGAGUGGUAUUCCUCUUGAUAAGCCUGCUUUGGGUGUAAACAGACUUUGCGGUUCUGGAUUUCAGUCAAUUGUGAAUGGAACUCAAAGUAUACUUAUUGGGGAGUCUGAAAUUGUCUUGACUGGAGGAGUGGACAAUAUGAGCCAAUCUCCUUAUGCCGUUCGUAACGUUCGGUUCGGUGGUCCUCCAUUGGGAUCGAGAAUAAACUUUGAAGACACCCUGUGGGAAGGUUUGACUGAUACCUAUUGUAAAUUUGCCAUGGGUCAAACUGCUGAAAACUUAGCUGGAAAGUACCAAAUUCAACGAGAUGAUGUUGAUGCAUUUGGUUUUCGUUCCCAGCAACUCUGGAAGAAAGCUCAUGAUGAAGGAAGGUUUAAAGAAGAACUUGCACCAGUCACUGUUACCGUCAGGAGGAAACAGGUUCAAGUGGAAUUUGACGAACAUCCCAGGCCGCAGACAACUCUUGAAGGAUUAAAAAAACUGCAACCUGUCUUCAAAAAAGAUGGUGUUGUCACAGCUGGAACAUCCUCUGGUAUUUGCGAUGGAGCUGGAGCAGUUAUAUUGGCCAGCGAGAAAGCAGUUAAAGAAAAUAACUUGAAACCUCUAGCCAGGAUUGUCGCAAGCGCUGUAGUCGGUGUUGAUCCCAGCAUCAUGGGUAUCGGCCCAGCUCCUGCUAUAACGAAACGUGUUGAAAGCUGCUGGCAAGAGCUUGAACGACAUCGAGAUCAUUGAGAUCAAUGAAGCCUUUGGAGCUCAAACAUUGGCAUGUGCAAAGGAGCUCAAGCUUGACAUGAACAAGCUGAACCCCGACGGAGGUGCCAUCGCACUAGGCCAUCCUCUUGGAGCAUCAGGUGCAAGAAUUACUGCUCAUUUGGUUCAUGAACUGAGGAGGAGGAAGGCCAAGUAUGGCAUUGGUUCAGCCUGCAUUGGUGGCGGUCAAGGAAUUGCGCUCCUGUUGGAAAGCUGUUAAAGAAGAGAAAGGAUGAAAAAAUUACUGAUAAUUUUUUAUAGUAAAUCAAACAUUAAUUGUAAAUUUACCUGAUUUUGUUAUGGCAGAGAUAUAUAUUUUUGAAAAAUUUUCUACUUUAUAGUUUGUACAUUUUAUAUAUAUAAAAAAAUUAAUAUUUAUAUUGUUCAUUAAUAUAAAGAUUAUUUUUGUUACAUACAA